AUGGAUCAAGUCCCGGAACCACCGUCAGUGAAAGAACUGGAGCGAGUUUUAUGGGGUGGGAAAAAGUCAGGGAAUCAUGUGGAUGAGGUGUGGCCCAAUUUGUUUCUUGGGAACAUGUCGAUAGCCAAUGACCGUUACGGUUUAUGGAAGCUGGGCAUCACGCACGUUCUGAACGCUGCCCACGGGAGGAUGCACUGCCAGGGUAGUCAUGAGUUUUAUGGGUCUUGCAUCGACUACCACGGAGUCCCUGCGGAAGAUUCACCAGCUUUUGAUCUCUCGCCCUAUUUAUGUCCCUCUGCUGAAUUCAUACACAACGCACUCACCUCUCCCGCAGGUAGGAUUCUUGUUCACUGUGCUGUUGGGGUGAGCAGGUCAGCCACGCUUGUGCUAGCAUACUUAAUGAUCUAUCAUAAUUUCCCUUUACUGGAAGCCAUCAAAAAAGUCAAAGAAAACAGGUGGAUCUUUCCUAACAGAGGUUUUCUGAAACAACUGCGAGCUCUGGACAUGAGAUUACAUCAAAGACUGGAGAGAAUGGCUGCUGCUAAGUUUAGUAAAAAGGAAUACCUUUCUGUCAAAGACCUGGAAAAAGUUUUGGACUCUUGUAAGUUAGAUUUGCACCAAAUAGAUGAAGUUUGGCCCAACAUUUACAUUGGAAAUGUGGCAAUAGCCCAAAACAGGACUGCCUUACAGAGGUUAGGUAUAACUCAUAUAUUAAAUGCAGCACACUCUAAGCGCGGAAGCAUAGGGGACCAAAGCUUUUAUGGCACCAAGUUUGUGUAUUUUGGUAUUCCAGCAGAUGACUCCACUCACUUUGAUUUGGAUAUAUACUUCAGACCAGCCGCUGAUUUCAUUCACAAAGCGCUGAAAACACCAGAUGGAAAGAUUCUGGUGCACUGCAUCAUGGGUAUGAGUCGUUCAUCCACGCUGGUGUUGGCGUAUUUGAUGCUGUACCACCACAUGCCGCUGCGCAGCGCCAUUCAGAAGGUCAUUCAGAAAAGGGCCAUUUACCCAAACAGGAAUUUCUUAGCGCUGCUUCUAGACCUGGAUCUUCAGCUAAAGAGCAAACCCAAAACCUGCACGCUUCUCUAA